AUGCAAUGUCACAAAUCUAGAAAGGCGACCACAAUGGCCCAAAGGCAAGAGGCUCACCAAUACCAGGCUGGCGCCUCCACGUAUAGACAAGAGGACGAAUGGAAACAUCGCGAACCAUAUCGUAUCCACGAUUCAGAUGAGAAUUUCCCCGUCAAGUGGGAAGGAGGAUGCCAUUGUGGGAAGGUGAAAUAUCAAUUGAGCAGAGACAAACCCCUGGCGGCCAAGUAUUGUCACUGCACAACUUGCCAGAGGUUACAUGGAGCACCAUUCCAAUGGGCAGCAAUCUUCCAUAAAACAGAUAUCAACUUUACCAACGGUCACCAUGAUCUUGGCUGGUACGACCCGACAAACAAAGACACAUCCCACCAUCUUCCAUGCAAAGUAUCGUGUGCAUACUGUAGGUCGCCGAUCAUGGAUGAGGGUCGAAAUAUGAUCCUCCUCUUCCCGCCGUUGAUUAAAGGGAUCGAUACCAAGGAAGGCAUGACAGCGUUUAAACCUACGUGUCACAUGUUUUACCCCCAGCGAGUGGCAGAGUUUCGCGGGGAUGGAAUCGCGAAAUGGAGGGGUUUAGACCAUUCAAGCGACUUGAUCGACGACGAUGAGAACGUGCUGGUCAAGUACGAAGAGGGUAUGAAAGAUAAGGAUAUGGAUGCGAAAAGGAGGAAGUUUGUCGAGUGUGAUGAGAAGGAGGAGGCGAAGGGGGUGAACAAUGGGGCAUGA